ACUAUAUUCCACAGUGCAGAUGAAGUAAGAAUGAAACUACUGAAGUGAACAAAACCUGUGUUUGGAGAACUACCUUGGAACCAUGCUGGCGGCGAUUCGGAGAAUGACGACAGUGGCCGGAGAAACUGCGCGCAUAACCAGAUUCUCUCUUCAUGCCCCAAAACACGUAGAGGUGGAAUUUGGCGAUGGUAGAAUGUUCAAGUUAUCAGCUGAAUUUCUCAGAAUAAAUAGUCCCGCAGUUGAUGGGAAGAUUAGGUCAAUUGGAGGUGAAAAGGUGAUAUCUGGGAGACGCCAUGUAGGAAUCAUGUCUGCAGAACCAGUGGGAAACUAUGGGGUGAGGUUCAAUUUUGAUGACUUGCAUAAGACUGGUAUUUAUUCCUGGGACUAUUUUUAUCAUCUGGGGAGCAACAAGUUUACCCUUAUGAGAAAUUACAUUAAAACUUUGAAGAAGCAUGGACUUAGUAGGGAUCCAAGAGGAAGGAAAUGAUGCAGACUUUAGUUUAACCACCCAAAUAUAGCUUGAGAUUUGGUGGCAGUUGUCAAAUAUCAGCAUGGCACUCUGAUAGCUUCAUUUGUUGAAGGGUUUGAGUUCAAUGAAUGGUGAAUUAUGGAUAUCAAUACUAUUGGAGAAGAGAGGGGAAUAAAGGAAGGUUUUCCAUCCUUUCCGGUUCUUGUUUUUUUGUGAGGAAAGGAUAAUCUGCGAAGGCAGUUCUGUAUUUUCUAGAGAGCUCUUGAUUCCAUUUUAGAUCUUGUUGUAUUUUAAUUACUGUACCUUGCUUCUUUAUUCUUCUUCUUUACUCAUAUUCAUCUAUUAAAAUCUGUAAUCUUUAAAAUUCUUUUGACUUACCUGCAAAGUGAUCUGAAAAAUAUUAUGGACUUUAAUGGAAAAA